AUGUUUCGGUGCAUUGCUUUAAAUCCUACUCAUGCCUCAUUACAGAACAUCCUGUGGAGAGAGGAUCCCAACCAGGAGAUCAAAUGCAUUCAGCUGACCACCGUCACCUACGGUCUCAAAAGCUCCAGCUUCCUCGCGACGCGGUGCCUGUAUGAGCUCGCAGAUAUGCAUGAGGGGGAGCUACCUCUUGCUUCCUAUAUUUUAAAAAAUUGUACAUAUGUUGAUGACAUAUUGUAUGCAAACUUUGAUCUGAAUACUACAAUAGAAGCUAAAAAUCAAGUAACACAAUUGUUAGAAAGGGGUAGCUUUCACACACAUAAAUGGGCGUCCAAUGUUCCUCAAAUUCUGCAAAAUAUCCCAGAAAAUGAGCAACAAUUUGAUAAUAUUGACUUUGAAAAAGAUAAUUUCAAUUUAAAAACAUUGGGCAUUAACUAUAAUGUAAAAGAUGACUGCUUUAUCAUAACCUGUCCCACAAAGUUCGGUGACAGGCCUGUAACUAAACGAGAAGUUCUCAGUUUCAUAUCAAAGUUUUAUGAUCCCCCUGGGUUUGUAGCCCCAAUAAUAAUAACUGCAAAGAGCUUCAUACAGACACUGUGGGCUGCGAAUAUCAGUUGGGAUUCUCCCUUGACAGGUGAUCUGAGGGAAAAAUGGUUGUUGUUUGUUAAAAGCUUAGAUAGCAUGGCACCUAUUACUUUGCAAAGAAAUAUAAAUACUUCACAUGCAUCGUCAACACAGCUCAUUGGGUUUGCUGAUGCUUCCAGCACGACGGCUUACGGCUGCUGCAUUUAUUUGAGAGUGAUACAUGAAGGUAAUGCACGCUUAUACUUACUUUGCUCCAAGUCCCGUGUUAACCCGCUUAACAAGCCACUAACUGUGCCCCGACUGGAACUGAAUGCUGUACUACUGCUGGCCAAGUUAAUGGUAAAAGUACAUAAAGCUAUUAGCACAAAAAUAACAGUGGAUAAUACUUACUUGUUUACUGACUCAAAAAUAGUCCUAGCGUGGAUUGGCACACAGAUAACGCAGCUUAACGCUUAUGUGGCAAACAGAGUCCAAGUUGUAGCACAGUUAACGGCCGGGUGGACUUGGCACUACGUCCCUACUCAUGACAACCCUGCGGACUGCAUCACGCGCGGCGUGACUCCCCAGGAGCUUGCGGGCAACACCUUGUGGUGGCGCGGCCCUACAUUCCUGCGAAAUCAUGAGUAUAGGUUUGAUGAAAGGUUAUUUUUAGCUAUCAAGACAACAGGGGAAGCCUGUUCCGGCACGUUGGCGUUCGUGUAA